AUGGCUCCCAUCGCUACCUGGAAUCCGUCAAAUCUCCAUGAAAACAUCAUUGUCCGCUCUACUGCAGCUCUCCCAUUCAUUGUGUUGUUAUUAUGGAGUUUUGUUUCACUCAAAGGGCACUCCAGCUCCAACCCCGUCACCCCAUACCUCGAUUCCACCAUUCUCUCGGGAAGAAUCAGGCUUGGUUCGAUCGAUGUCCCAAUUUCGACCAAAUUUCUCGAUAUCAAAGUCCUCGAUGAUUUUUGGAGACCGAAAACACUUGCUUUUGCACCAUCAACAUUGGGAGCCGAUCCUGUUAGCUGGUUCCAGAACUUCGGAUUUCUUGUGGAUUACAGUCUCCUGUACUGCAUCUGGCUUCUUGAAUCGGCGAAGAGGUCAAAUGAAUACAGCCCUGCAAGGUUUCCGGUCCUCUUCGGUCUUUUCGCCCAAGUUUUCGGCCUUGGGAUCAUUGCACCCUUGUACUUUUUCCUACACUACACAAACUCUCCUUUGAGUCGCCGUUCCUAUCCCAAGACUCAAAAUAUAAAUCCCCAUUUCAGCAGAGCAGUCUUCUUGACUUUGUGCCUGUUCUCUUAUCUUCCCAUUUCACUCAUGUUCCUCGGUCCUUCACCAUCCAUUCGUCAUCGCUGGACAUGGGCAUGGCAGAUAUUCCCGCUUUGGGUCAGUGUUGCACAGUGGAUCCGGACUCGGACUUCUGCGUUCUCGUCCAAGACUGAACCACCAGCCAAAAAGCAAGAAAGCGAGAACUCAAGCAAUGACAACAACAUCAUCAGAGCAACCAUUUCAACGUUUGCAGCCAUCUCAGCGGGAGUAUGGAUCUACACACUUCUCAACAGCCCAUAUUCGCUCACCAUGAUCUUCAUUCCUCAAGAUACGAGCAACACAGAACCCACUUUCGUUUCGCUCAUGAGAAGAUACUUCCAAGUGUCCCACCUCUCAGCAUUCGGCAGCGCGCUCAUGUGGCUCGUAUACCUCUUCGCGGAUUUGAAAAGCGCAGAUCUCGUGCAGCAAAGCUGGAUUUUUCUCCUCUCGAUGGGAGGAUUGACGACGUUGUGUUUUGGGCCAGGAGUCACAAUAGCAGCGGGGUGGUAUUGGAGAGAGGAAAUUUUGAGGUAUGAGAAUAUCGGGGGAAGCGAGGCGAGGGUUGGUGAUGGGAAUGGGAAGGGACGGUACAAGAAACUUGCACGACAGGGCCUUGAUGAGUUGUGCUUCGGAGGGACGAAGGGGAGGUUCAAGGUGCUUUAAGGGGUGAUCGGCGGCAAGAUGAAAGUCACUGGGAACUGGUGUAUGAACCCUUGUGACUCCGUGGGAGAUGUAGAAAAUGUACAAGUGAG